AUGGCUCUGCCGCCCUUCUACGCUCCGGGUCGUCCGGGCCCGCCGCCUCCCGCUCCCUUCGGCUGUCCUCCGCCACCGCUGCCCUCCUCAGCUUUCCCACCGCCUCUUCCUCAGCGGCCCGGCCCCUUUUCGGGGUCCUCCGCCCCCUUCCUCCAGCCCCCGAUGCCUCUGGAGACCCGGGCCCCCGGGGAACUGCAGAGGGUCCAGCGCCGCCGCCUGCGGCUUCGGGAGCGGGCCCGGGAGCGCGAGGCCGCGCGGGAGGCGGAGGCCGCCCGGGCGGUGGAGCGGGAGCAGGAGAUUGACCGCUGGAGGGUCAAGUGCGUGCAGGAGGUGGAGGAGAAGAAACGGGAGCAGGAACUCAAGGCUGCUGCUGAUGGUGUCCUAUCCGAAGUGAGGAAAAAGCAGGCAGACACCAAGCGGAUGGUGGACCUCCUCCGGGCUUUGGAGAAGUUGAGGAAGCUGAGGAAAGAGGCUGCCGCAAGGAAAGGGGUCUCCCCUCCAGCCUCUGCAGAUGAGACCUUUGAGCACCACCUGCAGCGACUGCGGAAGCUCAUCAAGAAGCGCUCUGAGCUGUAUGAAGCUGAAGAGCGAGCCCUCCAGGUCAUGCUGGAGGGAGAACAAGAAGAAGAGAGGAAGAGAGAAUUGGAAAAGAAAGAACGAAAAGAAAAAGAAAAACUCUUACUUCAGAAGCGCGAGAUUGAGUCCAAGUUAUUUGGGGAGCAGGACGAGUUCCCCCUCGCUCACUUCUUGCAGCCUUUCCGACAGUAUUACCUCCAAGCCGAACACUCCCUGCCAGCGCUCAUCCAAAUAAGGUUUUGUCCACAGGUAAGCUGUCCUGGGAAUUGCAGCUUGCCUCUCCUGAGGAACAGUUGGCUGUCCUGUAGGGAAGGAGAGGACUCCAGUGACCCGCAGCCGCGGAACUUCACAUCUUCCUGGCAGGCAUGACAGAUUGGGUUGAACCUGAGAGCCUCUCCGACAGGCUCUAUUGCAAACACUGAUCGUUCACUAAACGGCAGACUUUGUGGUCAAGAGCCGAGAUUUUGUGUAUAUUACAGACAGUCAUGAGCUCGAAUUCUGUGUGAAUGAGUGUAGUUUUUGAAGUUUGAUUGGCAUAGAAUUCACAUGUACAAUUCAAUAGUCCGUCAUAUUAAGAAGUGUUGUGCAAUCAUCACCACAAUCAAUUUUAGAACAUUUUCUUCUUUCUCAUACUCAUUAGCUCCCCAGUUCCCCCCUGUCAUAUUCCCAUGAAACCAGUAAUCCAGUUACUGUCUUUAUAGAUUUACCUACCCUGGAUUUCAUAUACAGAAAAACAUACCCCUAACCCCCUCCCAAAGAAACCAACACCAAUAACAAAGUAAAACAGAAAAACAUCAAUUGGAAAGAAAGCAGAAAAAUAUUAAAAGGGAAAUCUGGUGAUAAGGGUUGUGUGAGUGAGUUUUUAAUCAGCUCGAACAGAUAAUUUUGACUAAUAAUAACUGAUUUUCUUUCUAGCAACACGUCAUGUUCCACAUCCCCAUCAACCUUGAUAUUACUGGCCUUUAUUUUAGCAAUUCAUGUGUGUGUUUGCACUCGCCCAUUAAGUAGUAAUCUGAUUGUUUUACUUUGCAUUUCCAUGAUGAUUAGUGAGGCUAAACAACUUGGCAUGUAUUUAUUGUUUAUUUGGAUAUCUUAUGUUGUAAAAUGCCUGUUUAAAUCUCUUGCUACUAUUUCUAUUUGGUCUUUUUUUCUUAUGAUUUGUAGAAAUUAUUUUCAUAUUUGUAUGUGUUACAAAUGUCUUCUGUGAUUUGUUUUUUCACUCUUUUAAUGAUCUCUUUGGUGAAUGGGUUGUUCUUAAUUUUAAAGUAAUGUAAUUUAUCAGUCUUUUAUAGUUAUUCAUUUUAAAUAAUCCAUUGGCAAUGGAAAAACCUUUAAAUUACUUUUCACAUUUAGAUCUACAGACGAUCUCGAAUUGACAUUUAUGUAUGAUGUGAAGUAAAGUCAAGAUUGUGAUUCCCCCCACCCCUUGACCCCAAGUGGAUAUCCAUUUGGCAGAGAGCCAUUUUUGCAAUUUUAACUUUUCCUUGUGAUUUGGGUGAAAGCUUACACAGCACAUUCAUUUCCGACUCAUAUACGUCUUGUAUAUUAAUUGCAACCCCCCAUAGUGUAACAGCGCUCAUUUCACACAGAACCAUUUAUUGAAAACAUCCUUUCCUACUGAGCUGCAGAGCCAAUUCUGUCAGAAAUUAAAGGUCCAGACAUGUGUGGUCUGUGUCUGGGUUUUCUUUUUUGUUCUAUUGGCCUCUGCGAGUCCCAACUCCACUCUGAUGUUAAUGUGUGUCCUCUUGGCUAGGCCCUGAUUCUCAGGAGUGUAUAAUUAUCUUCCAUUGGCGAUCUGAUGUAAGGGGUGUUUUCUGGUGUGUGGACAUCCAGGCAGAGCUAUUGAAAUAGACAAGCUCAUCCCACCACGUGUGAGCAGAACUGUCCUGAGAGCUCUUUUCCUGAGGGCCUUUUCUUAACAUCGCCAUGGACUGCAGGUUGGUGAGCGCCCUGAGAGCAAGUCUUGUUGAAAUGACCCCUCUCUCCUCAUCCAGAGAUGCUGUCAGUCUGUCUCUCAGGGACAGGAGUGCUCAUUUCCCACCCCAGCUAGGAUGGCAAGCUAGAGACAAAAUCCAGGAAUGGGGUCGUAAAAAAAGGCACAUGAAACUUUACCUAAAUAUGCUUUUGUUUUACUUUUGUCAAUACCAUUUGGUGAUCUGUGUAUUUUCAAUUGCUUUUUCUUCUGCUUUCUGUAUUCUACCCUCUCUGAAUAAUAUAAAAGAGGUUUGGCCAUGGAAGAGGGGCUGCAGUGUGGAGAGGAGUUCCCUUUGAAUAUCCCACUGCAGCCUGGGCUCACCUGAUAGGAAAAAUAAAGACUAAAAUAAUUUUAA